AUGGCGAAUCCUGCUGUCAGCCAGCCAUUGGUGUGGAUCGAUUGUGAGAUGACAGGUCUUGACCCCGACAAUGAUGUUAUUAUAGAAGUAUUUUGUAUCAUUACGAACGGAGAUCUCGAGAUUGUCGAUGAAGAAGGCUGGGGCUGUACAGUUCACCAAAGUAAAGAGCGGAUGGACCAGAUGGAUGAAUGGUGUACCAAAACACAUGGAGAGACAGGUCUCACGUCAGCGGUGAUAGCUUCAACGACGACAGCAGAAGUCGCUGCGGCUGAGCUCCUAGCAUAUGUCAAGAAGUAUGUCCCAGAGCCUAGAAUCGCCUUGCUGGCAGGGAACAGUGUGCACGCAGACAAGGCGUUUCUCAGGCGCGCGCCCUGGGCCAAGGUGCAUGAUCACCUCAGCUACAGGAUUCUUGACGUGAGCACUAUGAAAGAGGCUGUGAAGCGAUGGAGCAGUCAGGAAAUCCUCAAGGGAGUUCCUGGGAAGAAGACCCUUCAUCAGGCAAAAGAAGACAUCCUGGAGAGCAUCGAGGAGGCUAGAUAUUAUAGGGCGGCUAUUUUUCAAAAGCCGACUGCGACACAAGAAAUAAAGAAAUAA